CGCGGUCCCUUUCGGACAAGGGACAGUUUCUGUGACAUUGUCCUCCAUUGUUUUUUUCAUGUUGUUUUGAAGGGCCUCAUCUUCCAUAGUUAAAGGUCAUAUGGAGGGGGCCUAUUGGAAGGUCUCCCAGCUUGGCGUAACAGCAAGGGAACUGGACGUCAGACAACGGCAAGCAGCAAAGACAAAGUGAAAAGCUCAAGAGCCAAAUCGUCAAAUGGACAUGAAAUACUAGCACUUGAGGUUUCCUGCCCAUUCAGCCAAGUCGACCCCUUACCAUUUGGUUGAGAGAGGCGUGUUUUAACCAGAUCAGUUGUCUGAGUGACGCAGGGAACAGUCAUGACCGAGGAGUUCGUCAAAUGCCAGAAAAAGGAUAGAAGACAGGAUCAUACAAGUCAAAACUCUGCUCCCAUGCCUGUAUCAACCCCUGCAGGAUGUGACCAACAGAGGAGGAAUACAGCGAAAAUUUGACUCGAAGUCGAAAGAGAUUGCUGCUUCACUGAGAGCUCCUUUGAAGGACAUGAGCUAUGAGAACAAAUCAGCUCAUGAAGUAUACUUUAUUUGUUUCUUGUUACCUGUUCUGGGUAGCCAGUGGACUGAUGAUAGCUGUAGGUUUAUAUGCAAAACUCUCCAAGGAAUCAAGUGCUGUGGACACCCUCCUGGCUGAGCCCUCUCUCUUAAUAAUCGUCGUUGGAGUCCUCACUUUUGGAAUCACGUUUGUGGGCUGCACUGGGGCCCUUAGGGAUGUGCCGGUGCUCCUGAAAAUGUUUGCCGGGGUAUUGCUGGUCAUCCUCAUUCUCCAGAUUGUGGCUGCAGUGGUGGCGUUUCUCUUCUCAAGCUUGGUGAUGGAUAAGGCAGCAUUUCUGAUGGAAAAAGCCAUAAUCAAUUAUCGGGAUGAUCUGGAUUUACAGAAUCUCAUAGAUUAUAUCCAGAAAAAGUUUGAAUGCUGUGGGGUGCAUUCCUAUACAGACUGGUCCCAGAAUGUAUACUUUGACUGCAGAGUCUCCAACCCAAGCCUGGAACGCUGUGCAGUCCCUUUCUCUUGCUGUAUCUGGGAGAAGAAGGGCAUUCUCAACACCAUGUGUGGCUACGGGACUCAGAACCUGAAAGCGUGGAAAGCGGAAGAUUUGAUCCAUACUGAAGGCUGCUUGGAGAAGAUCGUCACCUGGGAUUGUUGUGCUCUGUUUAGCUGUGAUGUUAAUUUACCAGAUCAACUUCAUCAUUCAGAAAAGGAGCAGCACAAGGAAAGAACCUGGACAGUGAAAGGAAGAACUCUAAUAGAGCCUCUCACCUUGCUCAGCAAGAGAGAAACGAACACCAACCCAGGGAAGAAGUGCAAUUAAGAAACCCAGUGAAUCCCCCAGAAGACAUUGGGUCAAAUCACGACAAAGGGAAUGGAUCUCCUGGAACAUAAUGAACUCCAGAUGGAAAGUCUUGUAUCCGCAUCAAACGAGGACUGUCUGCAGUUCAAGAAGUCCCGUACACCUGAUAGAAACCCACGCGAUUGAUCCGUUUCAUUUUCUCUCAUCUUUAUUACCAAAUGCAGUUCAAUGAAAAGAAAAGCUUUCCUCUUGGUG